ACUGCCCUCUGGGCUGGCCUCUGAGGUCGUCCGCGGGAAAUUGACAUGAAGCCACUCCACGGAGCUCUAACUCUAGAGAAGGCUGGGGAAGCCGGGAAGAGGGUGCACUUCUGGAGGGGCCAGUGAAGAAACCUCAGAAGAGGGAAUGUUAGAGAUUGAAGAACUGGGCAAGUUCGUGGAGCUUGGCCUCUCCAACUAUGCCUCCUGGGAGGUGGCUGAGAUCUGCAUCUGCAGGAACAACGGCUGGAUCCUGCCCACUGUGUACCAGGCAGCUGCUGGCUCUGGGCCUGGCUUCUCCUUCCUGCCCGCAGGUGCUGCUCAGGCCCUUCCUUCCUGCUCCCUGGCUGUGGGCAUGAGCCUGGACCAGCCUUCCCCUUCUCCCAGGAAGGGGGAAUGUACAACACUACCACCCGGCAGGUGGAAACGGAGCUCUUCCUCUGCCUCAGGCACUUCGGACUGAGGUUCUACGCCUACAGCCCUUUGGCUGGGCGCCCACGGGGAUGCGGUCAUCCUGGGCAUGUCCAGCGUGGAGCAGCUGGCACAGAACUUGGCUGCGACUGAGGAAGGGCCCCUGGAGCCGGCCGUGGUGCAGGCCUUCGACCGAGCCUGGCACCUGGUCGCCCACGAAUGUCCCAACUACUUCCGCUAGGGCCAGUCCUGACUUGAGAUGGCAGAGGGCCUCCUCCCUCUGUCACUCUUUGACCUUCUCACCCUGGGCCUUAAAUGGCUUUAUUUGGCCUGUGCUGUUCUCCAGUCCCCAUUCACGAGCUGUUUAUUUCCUCCACUGCUGCAGUGCUCCCAGCUGCCUUCACGUGAGAAGGCUGGGCUGUGAUCCAUGUAGGGGGGUCCUGCCUGGACAGAGAAGGUGCUAGACCCAACCACCCACCAGCUCUGCCUGCAGCCUUGGGCUCGUCCUUCCCAAGGGUUUGCGGGGAGGGGGCAGGAGCACAGGCUUCCUGGCCUCCCUCCGGAAUCCAGCCUGACCUCUGAAUGUGGCAGCUGGCAGUGGCCCUCACUCUCACACAUAAGAAAGCUGGGUGCCCUGAAGGUUUUCUCUCAUUCUGAGCUCCUUUCACAAAGAACAACUUGGGCAAAAACUACCACUGAGUCACUCCCAAGAAUAAAAGUUCCCAGAAUGCUGUGGAACAGUUUUCAUAUCUGC